ACACCAGCAACACAGUGGUGCGACCACCGACCAGUGUUGUACCUCCCCUGGCGACGGUGCCCCUCCUCCUCCGCCAUUCCCCUCACCUAGCGCCGCUCAGCGACGGCCAGCUCCCGCCGCCUCCCCGCCUCCCCAUCCCCUCGGCCUCGCCCGCCGUCCGCUUUCUCCUUCCCGCGAUCUGGUAUCUGGUAUCUGGUGCUGUUCGAUUAAGCAUUGGCGUUGGGAGGUUCAGAAGCACAUUUCGUCAUCGCCUUAACCAUAAGCUAGACUUCUCUACAAUCCUAUAUCCUUCAGCCCUCAACGAAAGGAUUCGUCUAUUGUAGAAUGGAUGCUUUGCAGGGCCAAACCUCGUGUGGGUCAUUGCUACAAAAACUGCAGUUAGUAUGGGAUGAAGUUGGUGAGAGCGAUGAGGACCGCGACAAGGUUCUGUUUCAGCUGGAUCAGGAAUGCUUGGAUGUGUACAAGAGGAAAGUUGAUCAGGCACUCAAGUCAAGGGACCUUCUUCUCCAAGCACUGGACUACUCAAAGAUGGAGCUAGCCAGGCUCGCUUCUGCCCUUGGAGAGAAAUCCAUAGCAACAAGUCCUGAGAAAACAGCACGAACAAUCAAGCAACAGCUUGCUGCUUUAGCUCCAACACUUGAACAACUGGGCAAGCAGAAAAAGGAGAGAAUAAAGAAAUUUGCUGAUAUAAUGUCAAGAAUCGAGCAAAUAAGGGGUGAGAUUGCUGGCAAUCUCGAGAUAGGCCAGCAGGUACCAAUACCACAAAUUAAUGAGGAUGACUUGACAGAUGAGAAACUUCGGGAUUUCCAGUCUCAGCUCCAAGAGCUUGAGAAAAAGAAGAGAGAGAGGCUGAAGAAGGUACUUGAGCAUGUGAGUACAGUACAAGAUCUCUGUUCUGUAUUGAAGAUGGAACAUUUUAGCAUAAUAACUGAAGUUCAUGACAGUCUAGACGACUCUGUUGGUAAGGACCACAAGAGCAUUAGCAAUGAUACCCUGUCAAAACUUGAUAGGACAAUAGCUACUCUUAAUAAGGACAAAACCCUGAGGCUAAAGAAGCUUCAAGAGCUUGCCACUCAGCUAAAUGAUCUAUGGGAUCUCAUGGAUACACCAAUGGAAGAAAGAAGCUUGUUUGACCAUGUUACCUGUAAUAGAACAGCGAGUGUUGAGGAAGUCACUGCACCUGGAGCGCUUGCUCUAGACAUAAUUAAUCAAGCUGAGAUUGAGGUUCAAAGAUUGGAUGGGCUCAAAUACAGCAAGAUGAAAGAGAUAGCUUAUAAGAAGCAAACCACGUUAGAAGACAUUUAUGCCGGUGCUCACAUAGUAAUAGACACAGCAGCUGCGCAUGAUAAAAUAUUUGCGCUGAUCGAAUCAGGGAACAUGGAACCUACAGAAUUGAUUGCUGAUAUGGAUAAUCAGAUAGUGAAAGCAAAGGAAGAAGCUCUAAGCAGAAAGGAAAUUCUAGAUAAAGUUGAGAGAUGGAUAUCUGCAUGUGAGGAAGAAAGCUGGCUUGAAGAUUAUAAUCGAGAUGAUAACAGAUAUAAUUCAGGCCGAGGGGCACACCUAAAUCUCAAGCGUGCCGAAAAGGCUCGUAUUCAAGUUAACAAAAUACCAGGCCUUGUUGAAACUCUAGUGGCCAAGACAACUUCUUGGGAAGAGAAUCAUGGUCUACCCUUCACAUAUGAUGGCGUUCCUCUUCUAGCUAUGUUGGAUGAGUAUGUGAUGCUUAGGCAAGAGAAGGAGGAAGAGAAGAGAAAAAUGCGGGAACAAAAGCGCUACACCGAGCAGUUACUGAACAUCGACCGUGAAGGGCCGUUUGGGACACGUGUCAGUCCCUAUAGAGUGGCCAGUGCAAAGAAGGUACCUAGCCCAAAGCCCAAUGGCAGCGUGACCAACGGGUCCCCUGGUAGAAGGCUCUCGAUGAGCACUCAGCAGAACGAGAGCAAGAGUUCCCGGUCUGCUGGUAAGGAUGGUAAGAAAGCCUGUUUGUUUAGCAUCGAUAACCAUGGGAACAUCCAUUCCAUCUGUGGAAAGAAGCUGAUUUACAUGGAAGUGAUUUAUCUCCUCUCUCAUCAUCAAGCAGCAGCAGCAGCAGCUUCCUUUCAUGCCAUUAUGGCAGCUUCAUUUUGGAUCUUGAACCUCACAUUCCUUCUGAUCUCUUCCUUUGUAGCUCCCACAGCAGCAGAAGUUGGUCGUGUUAACUAUCUGCACAAAGGAUCUUCACUAGCCGUGGAGCAUGCCUCCCAUGUCAUAGAGUCACCUGACGGCACCUUCUCAUUUGGGUUCUACAACCUUUCAUCCACUGCCUUCACCCUGUCGAUCUGGUUCACCAAGUCAGCCGACAGGACCAUCGCCUGGAGCGCGAACCGAGAUCGCCCCGUACACGGGGUCGGGUCCAAGGUCAAGCUGAACACUGAUGGAAGAAGCAUGGUCCUCACAGACUAUGAUGGUACGGUGGUCUGGCGGACCAACGCGUUGUCCGCAGAGGCCGAUCACGCGGAGCUCAUGGACUCUGGGAACCUUGUGAUGAAGGAUCAUGGUGGCAACAUACUGUGGCAAAGCUUCGACCAUCCGACCGACACUCUGCUACCAGGCCAGCCAGUUACGGCCACUGCAAAGCUGGUAUCAAAAGAUCUCUCCCAUCCUUCAAGCUACUAUACAUUGUGUUUUGACGACCGGUAUGUCCUGUCGCUCGCUUAUGAGGGGCCGGAUAUUUCUAACCACUACUGGCCUAACCCUGAUCAUAGUAGCUGGAUGAACUAUAGAAUCUCCUAUAACAGUAGUAGGAUAGCUGUGCUUGACAAGCUGGGGCAAUUUGUAGCUACUGACAAUACCACCUUUCGUGCCUCUGAUUGGGGCUUGGAGAUCAAGAGGAGGCUAACUCUAGACUACGAUGGUAAUCUCAGGCUUUACAGCCUCGAUGAAUUUGAUCGGAGGUGGUACGUUUCUUGGGUGGCUUUCUCCCAGCCCUGUGACAUACAUGGCCUAUGUGGUUGGAAUGGAAUAUGUGAGUACUCGCCAAUACCACGCUGCUCUUGUCCUCGUGGCUAUGCGGUCAGUGAUCCAAGAGACUGGAGCAAGGGCUGCAAGCCAGUGUUCAACCUCACCUGCGGCCAGCGUGUGGGCUUCGUGCCCAUUCCUGAGACCGACUUUUGGGGCUCCGAUCUGAACUACACCAUGUCGACAACCAUGCAUUCUUGCAAGGAGAUGUGCUUGGAGAGUUGUGCAUGUGUGGCAUUUGAGUACAAAACGUUUCCAAAUGCCUGCUUCCUCAAGUCUGCUCUCUUCAAUGGCAAGACACUUCCAGGAUACCCCGGCACGGCAUAUCUCAAGGUUCCCGAGAGCUUUCUGUCUCAGUCGCAGUCGCACACAUCUGAUUCUGAUCUUCAUCAUGGUCAUGCUUGUGAUGCAUCAAACAAGCAGACCGUGAGUUAUACCAAACACACCAAUGAUGAAAAGGGUACAAUGUGGUACUACUACUAUUGGUUCCUCGCUGUAUUCUUUCUUGUGGAGGUCUGCUUCAUUGGUUCUGGCUGGUGGUUCAUGUCAAGACAACACUCAGCACGAUCAGAGAUCUGGGCAGCAGAGGAAGGCUACAGGGUGGUGACGGAUCAUUUCCGUAGUUUUACCCAUAAGGAAUUGCGGAGGGCUACCACGAAUUUCACUGAGGAGCUCGGCCAUGGGCGACAUGGCUCUGUGUACAAGGGGAUCUUACAUGACAGCCGCGUAGUCGCAGUCAAGAAGCUCAACGACGUGAAGCAAGGUGAAGACGAGUUUGAGGCCGAGGUGAGCGUGAUCGGUAAGAUCUACCACAUGAACCUGGUGAGAGUGAUGGGCGUAUGCUCAGAGCGCAGUCACCGGCUGCUGGUCUACGAGUAUGUAGAGAAUGGCUCACUGGCCAUGUUCUUGUUUGGUGACAAAGGGCCGCUGCUAUGGCACCAGCGGUACAAGGUCGCGGCUGGUGUGGCCAAAGGCCUCGCCUACCUUCACCAUGAGUGCAUGGAUUGGAUCAUUCACUGCGACGUGAAGCCUGAGAAGAUACUUCUAGACAUGGAUUUCGACCCCAAGAUCAGCGACUUCGGGUUUGCAAAGCUGCUGCAGAGAGGCCAGGCUGAUCCCGGCAGCAUGUCCAAGGUUCGUGGAACCAGAGGUUACAUGGCCCCAGAAUGGGUGUCCACCGCCCCGUUAACUGAGAAAUUGGACGUUUAUAGCUUCGGGGUGGUGCUGCUUGAGCUAGUCAUGGGGUCUCGAGUAUCCGAGCGGGCUACCGAUGGCCGCGAGGAUGCAGAGGCUGCACUGCGGCAGCUAGAGUGGACAAUCAAAGAGAAGAUGGGAAGUGACGACCUGACAUGGGUUGAUGGCUUUGUGGAUCCUAGGUUGAAUGGUGACUUUGUGCAUUCGGAGGUUCUGUUGAUGCUGGAGGUGGCUGCACUGUGCUUGGAGAAGGAGAGGAGCCAGAGACCGAGCAUGAACCAUGUGGUUCAGAAGUUCCUUUCAUGUGACUGAAUUUGGUGACUCGUAUUGCCUUUGUUCUUAGCUUACCUUGCCGAAUUUUCCUUUUCUGUUGUGUGGCUGGGUGUGUUUCACUUCAUUGUUGUGGAAAGAUAAUUUCACCUCUCUCUGUGUCCUUGAAACAUCUCUUUCGGUUUAUUUUCCGAAAAGGAGGAUUAUCUUGGCCUCUGCAACAUCUCUUUGGUGUAGCAACUAUUUGUUCGUUGAGUAGCAUACGUGAUGAUGAUGCUGUAAAUUUUGUUGUGAGGUACUCCUCCAUUUUUCAUGUUAUGUUUGCAUUGUUGCC